GAAAAGGUGGGGAGCGACGGUGGGGACGGGGAUCGCGAUGAUGGUUACGGCUACGAGAAGUCUCCCCCUUUCAGAAGCAUCUUUGUUUUUGUCGUCCUCCCGUUGUUUUAAAGGGAGUAAACAGGGGGACCCAAGAUGCUGCUUCGGAUUCAUUCAACAAGAACAAAUCAUCUUUACAUUACUUCAACAGUGCUUAGACAAAUAUCUCUACGAAGCUUCUAAGAUGGUGCACCGAAGAGUGUUACAAAUGUUGCAGAUGCGCUCGCUGAUGUGCGGGGUAACUUUAUGGACAUGUUGUAGCCCUUGUUGCCAUUAACACAUGUUGUAGCCCUUGUCGGUGUUAGCAUAUGAAAUCUAGACUGGUCUUUCCCUUUGAAUGGCUUAGGUCCAGCGAUGCUAAAAGCACAUAAAGAAAAAGCAGCCGGUUAGGCCUUCCCGCGUAGCCUAGGUCUAUCCCACCAAGCAGCGUAUGACCCUUCUAGGGAAGCUGCAGCCCCUUCAGGGUUGCGUCCGUGGUUAGUUGUUUUGUGGUGCUAGUAAAAGUAGAAAAAUUCUUCUUGUUUUAGAUCGACAAAGUAGAAGAGCCGACACAAAGUGAUAUUGAAUUAUUUAGAGCGUGGGGUAACUGACAUUAGACAACCUACAACAGUCUAGGCUCCUUUUCAUCAUUAAUUAUAGCGCAUUUGUUCUGUAGUGAAACCUGUGGGACUGACAGGACGACGAUAGAGCCGGCGCGUAGUAGUUAGUUCCAGCAGAUAGGAAUACACUUGAUAGCUAACUUUUUCUGUUUUUUAUUUUCUUUUGGUCUUUCUUUUUUCUAGUUAGGUCUGCUCCACCACAAUUGAUCGUAGCGCAUUGGUUCUAUAGUUCGCAUCUGUAUCGACUGGGAUUGCAAAGAAGGCGGCUUCGGAUCUUCGAUAUUGUCACCGUAUUGAUUUUGAUGGGACUGCUGGGUAUCUACAACAUUAUCUGUGUCAUAAUGACAUAGCCACAAGCGUCACACUCCCGUAGAAGUAUGCGUUAGCAAGAGAACCGGCAAGGAAGAACUAGUACUAGGAAUAGCUCUAAUAGAUUCAAGCCAGUGCGUCACGCAGUUCAGAAGAAGACGAAGAAGAGUCAAGCCGCGCCAGGAUUGAGCAAUGAGAAGGUAACAGGACUGGACAACGAGGAGAUGGCCCUUCAGUUAUGCCGGUGGUAUGCAGUUAGAGAAAGUUGCUGUGCUUCACGACACAGUUUUCUUUUUUCUUUUCUCAGAGUUGCAGUUCUUCGGUAAGAUGAAGAAAUUAUAUUUUGAUGUGACAGGAGUGUACAUGCAUGCUUUUUCGUGGUCUAAUCUGAAACUACUGUUGUAUAGGCUAUUAAUCUGAAACUAUUGUAGUAUGCCGGUCUAAUCUGAAGUACCUUCGUAAGAGGUUUGGGCAAGCAAGAUCUGGA